AUGCAGAGAAGAUCUCACACAUCUUAUGACCUUUAUGGAGAACAUCCUCCAGGUUCCAGUUAUGGUGUCACGGCGCUUGUCUCUUGCCAGUCACCUCCUUUAAGACCACCAACUUCUGCUUCUGGUAGAAUAACUCCAAUGCAGAGACCGAAAACUCGACAAUCUCUAAUAACAGACGAAGGAAGAAUAACACCAAUGCAGAGACCAAAAACCAGACAAUCUCUUGUGGAAGAGAACGGAUUGCAGACAGAUCAAGAUAGUCACCCAUACAGUGGACCCAUGGAUCCUGUCACAAGACACUAUUACUACAGAGAAUGGUGUAGAAAUCCACCAAAACCUCAAAUGCCACAAAAUCGAUCUGGUAGAUUAGGUAGUAGUUGGAGACAUGUUAAGACAACCCUCAAUCCCAAUGGCGCCAACAUUGCAUUUAUAGAUGGUAUUGUCAAAGAGGAAGAGAAUUAUUUCUAUCCACCAGAACUAAUGUAUCAACCACCAGAUUUCUCAAAAAUAGUUCCACAGACUUACUGUAACAUUUCAACAACUAGUCCUAAACAAUCAAAAUACCAAACAUCUUUUAACAGUAAAGCUAAACAAGGUUUUAGAUAUUGGUAUCAGGAACCUAAACCUAUUAGCUGCAAAACAUUUACCUUUUAG